AUGGAGCUAAUGGCAAGACAUGCAGCAAACAUGUCAGAUACUGCCAUAUUGCUCAAGAAGACCUGCGAGAAGUUAAACCAAGUUACCAUUGAAAACAUGAAGAUGGCGAGCAUGCUGACAGAACUUGGAGGAAAAGAGGUCGAGGCAAUUAAAGAGAGAAACAGACUCUUAGAGGUAAACCCUAAUUUUUCUAACGCAAAAUCAGAAUCAAAUAAAAGAAAAUCUAAUAUAACCCAGUCAAGCCCCAUUAAGAGAUACAAAAAUGAUGAAAAUCAAUUUAGUAAAGAGUUAGAGUCAAUUAAAAGAAGUUUAGAGCAAAAAGAUUUAACAAACGCGAAAAUAAAUAUUAAGAGAGAUUAUAAGUUAACCCAAAAAUCAAACUUUGAUAUUUGGUAUGACUAUUUAAAAUCAGAGUUAACCAGUCAUGAGUUAUUAGAGAAAAACGAGUCAGUAGUCGAUUUCUGUGAAAGAUUUGAUGCAAUUGUUAGAGAAUACGAAACUUGUGGUAGCGGAGAACCACUAACUGCACAAGAGCUGAGAUCAGCCUUUUAUCAAGCAGUUACACCCAUAAUACCCCAACUAAGAGACGCUGAUUUAAUUAGAAGAACUAAUUCCAAUGAAAUGAGUUUGGAAGAAAUAAAAUCAUUCAUUUUACAGUUAGAGGCAGAGAAGAGAAGCGAGUCACAAGAGGUCAAAGCGAACAGAGUAAACACCAACUCCAAAAUCGACAAGUGUCACCGCUGCUCAAAAUUUGGUCACUGGGAGAAGGAAUGCCCAUUAAAACCAAAAGGAUUAUGGCAUUGUUACAUUUGUGAGUCUGUAGUAGAUCAUAAAGGUACAGAUCACAACUCCGGAUCAGUUAAACUGAAUAAGAGGUAUGUUGACAAUUCUAGAGGUAAAACAUUUAAAACUCAUGAUAAUUUUAAAUCUAAACAAACUAAGAGAUAUGACUCUAAUAACAAAAGAGAUUAUAAAACUAAAACAAAUGGGUUAGAGAAUCAAGAAAAGAAAGGGUUUAAAAAUAAUAAAAAUAACUACAAAAACAAUAACAAUAAAGAUAAAGAGUCAAGAAACAUCAAAGCUAGAAGAUCGGAGGGAGUAGAGAAAAAUAGAAAAAUGAUAGAUCAUGUGAUUGGGAGGGAGGAAGUAAGUCAUGCGUCUUCAUCAAAGUCAGAGGAGUCCCAAAGAGAAUCAGAAACAACAGAAACAACAUCAGAAGACUUAAAUAAAAACGAAGAAAACUAG